AGCUAUUUAAAAAAAAUGUUUUACGUGUUUUAGCAUUUUGUCAAUUUUGUAAAACUGAAAUCAAAAUAUUACAAUACAAAUAAUGUAAAUUGUGAUCAUAUUUUUAAUUCGUUUGCCUUAUUUUAGUAUUAUUUCUUUGUGAGUAGAAAGUACCCAGUGAUUAUUAAUUAUUUUAAGAAACCUACAAGCAAAAAUUGUUUUAAAUAUCUAACAAACAUGUCUUCUGAAACGGCACAAGUUAGUUCCUUGCCUUUACCACCAAUGCAAUAUAUAAAUUUUUACACCGAUGAAAAUGUAAGAAGAAAUAGAGCGCCUUUACCACCACGACCUAUACACGAUUCGUACUCAAUGUUUGGACAUCCCUUCAAUGCAGAUGAUACCAUUAUACGAUCUUUAGAAAGUCAGGGUUUCAGGCGAUUAUAUCCUAUGCACUUUGAAAGACGAAGAGAAUUAAAAAAGCUCAACCAUUCAUUACUAGCAAAUUUUUUGGAUCUUUUGGAUUUGUUAGUACACUGUCCUGAUUCUCCAAAGAGAGCAGAAAAAGUUGAAGAUUUAAGUUUGCUAUUUAUACACAUUCAUCAUUUAUUAAAUGAAUUCAGACCUCACCAAGCCCGUGAAACAUUAAGAGUAAUGAUGGAGCUUCAAAAACGCCAGCGUGUAGAAACAGCUACCAGGUUCAAGAAACAUUUGGAUAAAGUUCAAGAUAUAUUACAGAAUGCAUUACAGAGUCUGCCUGACCAGAAUGAGAUUGAAUCAAAUUUUAAAGUACCAAUAGAAAUAUUAGAGCAUAUGGACUGUAGCCCGAAUGAUAAUGCUAAUUCAGAUCCUUGUUAUGAACUAGAUCGUAUUAUGUGUGAUGUGAUUGAUAAUAUGAGAUAACAAGUUUUGAAAUAAAAUAAAUUAGUGUACUUUUUUUAUAUUAUUUUUUAUCUCAAAAAUGUGAUGAAAAAUUUAAGAAUUACAUGUCCAAUUGACUUUAAAGUCAAUUGGACAUGUCACAUUCGAUUAGCUACAUUUGUACAACUUGGGACCUAGCUGUAUAACAUUUUUAAAUGCAAUUUUGCAAGGUAGAUUGGCAAUCAUAGAAUACACAAUUUUAUGAUCAAGGAAUAAAAAAAAGAUACCUAUAACAAGAAAUA